UGAAAAUGUCUGAUUCUCAAUUGCACCGGUGAUAUUGUCUUGCCUUUCAAUCCAGUCUCUCCAUCCAGUCUCGCCUUCCAAACAUGGCUCUCCCAGCACUGGCCUCUGCCAGAGGCUUCCAGUCCGUUGUUGCUGGACACACCUUAUUGCUGGGCCAAAUAGCCUGGUACCGCCGAUCAGAACUCUUCAGCAACCGCAGGCAAUUCGCAUCCCAACCCGUUGAGAAGCUGUCGCAAGAUGGACAGCUCGGCAAAUCCGCAUCUUUCACCUCCUCAUCGCCGCCAUCAUCUCCGUCCUCUGGGACGACAUCGCCUGUCGCCUCAAGCUCUGGCGCCUCCUCAGUACAGUCUCUACCGCCCGAUUGGGAGGAUCAGCUUCCGAACCUCGAGAAUUUCUCCCAGCUCCCCCACCAAGAUUUCGGGAAGAACCAGCUUAUAGAGACGAAUGAGGAGUUCAAGCGGAGUUUAAGGCAGAUAACGCGGCAGUUCCCAGCCAUCACCUAUGCUUUUGCGUACGGUUCCGGCGUCUUCCCCCAGACAGAUGGCUCCACCUCUUCCGCAUCGCUGAGCCCGCACCCAAAUCCCCCGGAAGCGAUUACCAAGUGGCAGAAAGGCGGAGGCAAGAUGAUCGACUUCAUAUUUGCGCCCAAGUUCACGGAGCAUUUCCACUCUCUAAACCUUAUGCGCCACAGAGACCACUACUCGUUCCUCGGCUCUUUCGGCUCCAGCGUCGUCUCACACGUUCAGGACUCCUAUGGCGCCGGCGCAUACUUCAAUCCAUACGUCACCGUAAACGGCACCCUUAUAAAAUACGGGGUCGUAAACUUCAGCACCCUACUCCGCGACCUCACAGACUGGGACACGCUCUACCUCGCCGGCCGCCUCCAUAAGCCUGUGAAAAUCCUGACCGAAGAGCCAAACAUCCGCGUCGCCAACCAGCGCAACCUCAUGGCCGCCGUGCGCUGCGCCCUACUCCUCCUCCCGCCCCAAUUCACCGAGAAGGAACUCUUCACCACCAUCGCCUCGCUCAGCUACCAAGGCGACCCGCGGAUGUCCCUGGGCUCAGAGCACCCAAACAAAAUCGCAAACAUCGUCACGCACCAAAUCCGCAAUUUCCGCCUCCUGUACAACGACCUCAUCAACAGCCUGCCCAACGUCGACUACGCCGAAUCCUCCGCCCCAAAAGACGCCAGCUGGAUCGACGACCUCAAGCUCGACCGCCCCAUGACGCAGAACAUGGAGUCCGCCUUCCGCGGCAACAUGGUGCGCCGCCUGCCCAAGUCCUUCCGCCAGAAAGUCUACUUCCUCUACCAGCGCAAAUUCGGCAUCCCCGGGCGCGAGUUCCAGGAGAUGCUCGAGGCGAGCGCCGACGAGGACGCCAAGGGCAGCCUCAAGAAGCCCCUCGGGAGCGACUUUGACCGGCGCGUGGCGGGAGAGCCAGAUAUCCCCGAGAUGGUGGCGAAAGCCGUGAACCAGACAGUCAAGUGGCCGAGCGCGGUGCAGAGCUUGAAGUCCGGGCUGACGGCGGGCCCGGGGCGGGCGUUAAGAUACGUGCGGGAGAAGCGCGCGAAGGGGAGGCAGUAGGGAGGCAGUAGGGAGGCUAGAUCUGCCUGAAAAAAGGUGGGAUGUACGAAUUCAAACAGGACCCGCCUUGUCAGGCUCGCAAGAUUUUCUUUUGUUUUGUAUGCUUCAGCUCUGUUUUUUUUAGUACUAUCAGUGUAGCAUGGAGGGGAGGCAGGACGGAUGGAGGGGCUCGGGACUUGCAUUGCCGCCGCUGUCGGACGGAUGCGGCGGGUUGGGCUAUAGGGACUUUGGAUCUUGUCCUGGCGUUGAGCGUUAAUGUUAUAUGCGAUAGAGUACGAAGGGAAGGGGGGAAACCAGAUGGUGGCAUUAUAGGAUGGAAAAGCGCUUUCGCUGCUGGAAAAUAUAAAAGCGAAAGGGAUGGCUUACAUUCACUCCUUAUCAAUAAACAGAUCUUCUUCGUC